AUGUCUUUUCGAGGGGGUCGUGGCUUUGCCUCUGGUGCCAACCGCGGUGGAAGUUUCGGUGGCCGUGGUGGCCGCGGAGGCUUCCAGCAGCAGUCAUUCGGCCCACCUGCACAGGUUCUAGAACUGGGAUCGUUCAUGCAUGCUUGUGAAGGCGAGAUGGUUUGCGAAUCGGUCAACCCCAAAAUCCCAUACUUCAACGCCCCCAUCUACCUGGAGAACAAGACGCCCAUCGGGAAGAUCGACGAGGUCCUAGGUCCCAUAAACCAAGUUUAUUUUACCAUCAAACCCCAGGAAGGAAUUGUCGCUACCUCGUUCAAGCCGGGCGACAAGGUCUACAUCGGUGGAGAUAAGCUACUUCCUUUGGAAAAGUUUCUUCCCAAGCCUAAGGCCCCACCAGGUGCUGCGAAGCCCAAGAGGGCUGGUGGUGCCAGGGGCGGCAUGCGUGGUGGACGAGGCGGUGGACGCGGUGCUCCGCGUGGCGGUUUCUCCCGUGGCGGCAGCGGUGGUUUCUCUAGGGGUGGUGGCAGAGGAGGACCUCGCGGUGGUGGUUUCUCCCGUGGUGGCAGCGGUGGUUUCUCCAGAGGAGGUGGCAGAGGAGCACCUCGUGGAGGCUUCCGACGUUAG